GGGGGCAGCACGUCCCCCGCACAGGUCCAACUACACGAGUGUUUAUCCGGUGUAGAAGAAGCACACACUCAAACAGCCUGCCUACCUGCGAUCGGUGGAGGAGUGUUUGGAAAGAAUGUCUUUCCGUUUCUGCCCCCAAUGUGGGACAAAGUUGCAGCCUGAUUUUAGAUUUUGUCCAUCAUGUGGGGAGAAGCUUCCCUGUUCGGUCGAUGAAUCUGGACCUGUGAGCACGACGCCAUCGUUAAGUCUGUUUCCAGCCAAAAGGGAUGAAGCACUAACAUCAGUAGUUAAAUCAAGCCUUGCUACAAGCUCAAGUUGCGAGCUCAUGGGAAGUACGGCCCAUGCAUGUAACACCGCAACUACGCGUCCUGCACUGCGAAAGACCCGUAACUCCCUUCGUCUAGACAGGGAAGUUGAAUUCAACAUUAAAGAUGCCACUCCACCUGUGGUGCCCUCCACUAGUCCUUUUAGAGAUGACCGGAUCAAAGAUAAUGGUGUUGGAUUGGUUGGAACUCCACCAAAACAGCACAUGGUCACUUCUAAGCUUGACACAGGGGCAGAGUCAGCUCUGGAGUCUUCUACUGUCCUAAAAUUCCCUCGAACUGUGAGGGGAAAGGAAAAACUCUCCAGCCCUGCUAAGCAAGUAGAAGAGGGAAAGAGGCUGACUGAUAAAACAAGAUGUAAAGCAGAGGAAUCAAUGGUAGACGGCUCUCCAGUGGCCGUCUCUUCCCCUGUUACCUCACCAAUCUCCAAGUCCCCUUUAAAAGUGACAGGAAAAGGCAAAGCCAAGAAGGCAAAGCAUGCGCCCACUGUGGAGCCGUUACGGGAAAGUGAAGAGGUGACUGACACAACGGGCAAGAAGUGGAAGCUGGAGAAACUGCUCAGUCAGAGCACGACAGAGCUCAUCUACGAAGUUUUGCAGACAGUUUCAAGAUCCACUUCUAAGGAGUCAAAUCACAUCCUCAAACUGGGAGCUAAAGAUGGAAGAAUCUUCAAUGAGCAGAACUUUCUGCAGAGAGCUGCUAAACCUGCAUCUGUGGACAAGUGGAUCAAGCAAAACAAGAUGGAUUUUCUGGGGAUUCCUUCCUGUGUUGGCUUUGGUCUUCAUGCAGAGUCCUACAGGUUUCUGAUUUUCCCCAACAUGGGCCAGUCUCUCCAAUCUGUCAUGGAGGAAGAAGAUGAGCUUCUUUCUGAGAAAGCUGUCCUUCAGCUCGCCUGCAGAAUAUUAGAUGUGCUGCAGUAUAUCCAUUCAAACGAGUACGUUCAUGCUGAUAUUAAUGCAGAAAACAUUUACAUCAAACCAGGACAGAAAUCACAGGUAUACCUAGUAGGAUACUGCCAUGCCUUCAGGUACUGUCCAGGUGGACAACAUGUAGAGUACCGUGAAGCCAGCAGAACGCCACAUGAGGGCACCAUGGAGUUCAUCAGCCUGAGAGCCAGCUAACGAUAAAGGGCUCCGUCUCGACGCAGUGACCUGCAGUCUCUAGGUUACUGCAUGCUGCGCUGGCAUGCCGGGACGCUGCCGUGGUCCCUCCUUGCUCAUCCGGACCAGGUAGCCACGCAGAAACAGAGGUACAUGGAGGAUGUUCCUGCACUGUUAAGUCACUGCUUGGGGAAGAAGAGCGUUUCCAGUGCAUUUCAAACGUACCUGACUGAAGUGAUGACUAUGCAGUACUCUGAGCAGCCGGACUACUCAUUGCUGAAGGCCGGACUCAGCGCCGCUUUACUGCAGCUGGGGGGGUUACCGGAGCAGCCGCUCAGUUUUUAGGUGAGGGCACAUGCAAAUGUAUUUGUCUUAUCUCACAGGGUUCAGACACUUUUUAUGCCUCUGUGCCGGUGAUAGCCGUGGCCGGAGGCCUUAUGUUUUCGGGUCGUCCAUCCAUCCCAUUCUUGUGAACUUGAUAUCUCAGGAACACCUUGAGGGAAUCUCUUGAAAUUUGGCACAAACUUCCACUUUGACUCAAGGAUGAUCUGACUACAUUUUGGAGUUCAAAGGUCAAGGCCAUUGUGACCUCACAAAAGACACGUUUGGCCAUAACUCAAGAAUUCAUUGCAUUGCAUUUUAUAUCCCAAAGGUCAACUUCACUGUGACAUCAUAAUGCUGUGCAAAAACACUUCCUGGCCAUCAUAAAGACACCAUAACCCAGGAACAGAAGGGGAGACAUUUGUCAGUUUCUGAAUUGGUGACGCUAAUCUUGGGUGCCCAUCUUGAAACUGUGGUGAUUGUUUAGAUCUUGUGCUGCUGGGUUAAAGAUGUGUGCAAAGCAUCCAUGUUUUGCCAAUGAAUAUGUAACCUAAACAUUAAACUGUGUUUACAGUUUAUUAUGUUGUAAGUUGAGCACCUUGUGCAUUCUGUGUGACUAUAAUAUUCAAAUAUAUCUAUUGUGUUUUAUUUUCAGAGAAAUCGAACAAAAGGAAGACAAUUUGGAAGAUUUUUAACUUGUGUGUUUCAUCUGUGAGGUUUUCUUGCACUGGAAGCAGAGUGUUGUAUAGAGUUCAAAUUACACGCAUGUUAGGCUGAUGGGUUUUGAUUGGGAUCAUUUUACGCAUUUGUGGUUUUUUUUCAUAUUAAUUGCACUGUGCUUUUACUGUUACAAGGGCAACGUGAAUGUCACAUCAAUGUGAGAGCGAUGCAAGUACUCAAUAUUUGAUACACAUAUUUGGAUUUUGUUAGUUAAAUGUGUCACCAUGUUCCUCUUUUAACUGGGUGUGUUACAACUGUUUUUACUUCUUUGACAUGAACUUAGGACUGCUGAACUUUUCCUUAAAGCGAGCAAAAACAGAUGUAGAUUCACAUAAUUUAACACGUGUAGGCAUAGUUAAUUUGCCUGAAUAAAAAGCUAUAUUUCUUAUUUAAAACAAUGUCCUUUCACCUUUUAGUCAGAGCACCAGAAACACUCAUCAUUUAUGCUCUUAAGAAUACAUCUUCAGUUUAAGAAAUUGUUCUUAAGGAAAUGUUUUUUCGCCCGUUGUGAUGUUUUCUGUACUUAAACAUAGUCUGUCACAACCCUAGUUACAGAUUACACCUGCUGAUUCAUUUAACACAGACAUGUUCAUUUUAAAGAAACCUUUAUAAAGUUUAAACAUUUCUGAACAUAAACAUUUUAACAUUUCAAGACAUAUACAAUUCUUAAUAUGAAACAGUAAAUAUCUCUUAUUGUGCACACUCUAAGUAAUUCAGAAAAUAAACACUUAUUUUUUGCCUGAUCUCUCCCGUUGUGGCAUUUAAAACCCUACAUCUCUGUCACUUGAGGCACUUUCUGAAUGAGAGGCUUUUGUAGAACAAUGUAAAGCAUGAUGCUGAAAGAUUAUAGCGCCCUCGCGAGGCGACUUUUGUACACAGCUACAGACCCGAUGGCUUCCUUCCAGUGGAGCCUAGCUUACACACUUAAACUGAUCAGUUGAGCUUUUUAUACAGACAUGCUGGCAGUGUGAGGCAGCUUCACAUGCAGGUUUAAAUAUAGUUUACACUGCAGAUUGUUUUCAUGUUUGACCGAAAUUAGUUUUGAGGAGAAACUCAUGACUCCUUAUUUGUUUAUAUUCAGUCAUAAUAUUACCCCUUUUAUAUUGUUCCUUGUUGUUGCUUUGAAGGUUGAGUGUAACGUCUAUACUUUGUGUAUUUCUGAAUAAUUAACUGUCUCUAAUGCCUAAAAUGAAAAGAUCCUGUUUGUUUCCAGGGUACAUUCCUGGUUUGGAAAUGACUUCAUGUCUACAGCAUGUUGAUAAAUCUUUAGACAAA